GCGCGCCGCCGACACGUCGCAUUUGUGCAGCGCGGACGGGCGGAAUGAACCGCACUACGCUGGAGGUGGAGCGCGCAGCGGCCGCGAACAUCGAGAGGAGGCGAAACCGGGAACUCCAGCGGAAAGAUCGGAUUUUUAAUGCCAAAGUGCGAACUAUCGGGCUCGAUAAAGAUGCUCUCGAUUAUCAAGUGGAAGAGAGAAAAAAUAAGGAACGGAUGGAGGCGGAGAUCCUGCAGGCCUGUGCUGCAGGGCUGGUACACAAUGACCGCCGAGCCUGUCUGCUGGAGCAGAGGCAGCGAAAGGAGCAGCGUCACCUCGAGAGUUCUAUAGUCCAGUUCCGAAAAGACUGCCAGCAGCCCCAGAGCGGGCGCGAUUUUGACUUGAACGACCCCGACCGGCUGAAGAAGCUCGACGGGAAGAUGAUGCUGCCCGGGUUACUGGGGGAGGAUCCUCAGUGCAGCGAGCGACACCUGAAGCAGCAGGAGCAGCUCCGCGAAUGGUUCCUGCAGCAGCAGUGUGAGAAGAAGGCCGCCAAGCAGCAGCAGAAACAAGCAGAACAGGAAUAUGAUCAGAACAGAAUCACGCUUGACCACAGAGCUGUGGAGCUCCAGAAGAUCGAGGAGGAACACAGGAGGGCUGUCGCUACGGCAACUAAAAACUUCAAUCAGGCCAAGGCUUCAGAGAUGGCCGAGAAGCGUGAGCAGGACCGACUGAAGGAGGAGGAAGAAAACUAUGCCGAGAUCCUCAACCAUCUGCAGGGUGCCCUGCUGAGCGAGAGUACUGCAGGAGUCCCAAAUGUGCCAGUCUGCAGCUACAAAGGCAUGAGUGCUGAGCAGCUGAAGCACAUCAGAGACUGCCAGCAGCAGCAGGUGGAAGACAAAAGGAGGGCCCAGCUUGAGCAACACCAGCAAGAGCUCCAAGAGGACACGAUGCGCAUGGCUGCAGCCCGUACUGCCCUUCUGCUGGAGCGCCAGCAGGUUCGCCUCAAUAGGCAGCUGCGUCGCACCCUGGACCGCACCAACACCCAACUGGCAGAGGCUCAGAAUGCACAGAGAAAGUACCUGGAGAAAGAAGUUUAUACCAGCAUUCCAGAUGAUUGCUACUUUACACAAUUUAACACGACAAGUCGAUAACCAGACUCCUUUGGAUCGGUGUUCCAGGUUCCACUUCCAUUAGAGAAAUAAGUUUUGCACAGCUAUAAGUUGCAUAUGUAAAAAGAAAGUCUGGAUUUGGUUAAAAAUCCAAUCCCAACAAAUGAUUAAAAUUUUGGAUGACAAAAUUAAAACUUCUUGUUCCACAUGUAGCUGCUGUCUGGCAAGUCUUACAUGGUAUUGAUUGCAGAGCACAACUGGACUGGCACCACCACAAGGGGAUGUGCUUUCCUUAGCGUUCCACCGAAAGCCUACAGACAUACCACCUUCAUCUAGUAGGAAAACCAAACUAUUUAAAUGUGUUUGGCUGCUGGGUGCUGGUUUGAAU